GUUACAACCGCCAGUUGAACGAUUCAAAACGGAGCGAUUCGUGGAUUCGUUGACAUCGUGUCGUCGUCGUCGUUGAUUUCCGUUUUGUGUAUCAAGCCAGGUCUUGACUCGAUUCUCAGUUCUCGGCUCGGUUCGAAAUCGGCGAAUGGAAACCAAACAAAAUUCCAAUUAAAAUUCUGUUUGGCGCGCAUUAAAAAAAAUCUUAACAACUUCAUCAGUUAAAAAUAUGAUAAUUACCUAAAAAGGAAACCAAGUGUUUGUGUGGAUAAACUAAAAAGUGAAUUUAAAAUUGAAAAAUAAAAACAAGAAUAUUUGGUGAAAUCGCAAUACAGUGAUUUUUGUUGCUUCUGAGUUUGGGAUAAACAAAAAAAGCCUUCAAAAUUUACUGCUUCACCGGCUUUGGCAACUCCAUCUUCAAAAUAAAUACCAACAGCAACAUCAACCCCCCCAGUGGCACUAGUACCACCCAUCUUGAGAUUCUGCACCACCACCACCCAGAAAACAGUGCGAGAAUGCUGUUUGAGAAUCCGGCUGUUCCGGCAAAGUUGCCGUUUCCAUAUAACGUGCCACCGCCUCUUCAGGCGGCGGCAGCAGCAGCGGCUGCUGUGCCAAAUUUAAGGUUUCAGACACCAAUUAAAGCGUUUGCCUGCCUGACAGCAGCCACAAGGUCAGUAUCCGAGAUGAAUGCCACUUCUUUAUACGUUGGCAACCCGAUGGAGAAUGCAGCAGCCGCGGCCGCCGCCGCUGCAGCGGGCCUCAUUGACCCGCGCCACAAUCGGGACUUGCACCAGGCUCUGGUGGCCUCCAUGGCCAACAACGGCGUGGCCACCAUCGGCAGUGGCCUGACCACAGCUGCGGUCCUCAAAAGCGCCGCCCAGCAGUCACAGGCGGUCACUCAGCAGCAGCCACAGAAUCCCGGCUCGGCCGUCGUGGCUGGCCAGGAGCAGCCCGGCGCUGUGCAGGAGCUCAAGCAGGAUCUGGCCCUGAUCAAGGAGGAGACCGCUGCCGGCGUUGUUGGCCAACAGAGUGGCAGUAACAACAGCGGUUCCUCGGGCCGCUCCACACCCAGCCUGACCGGGGGCAGUGGCUCCGAUCCGGCCCCAGGAAAACUCUUCGUCGGGGGCCUCAGCUGGCAGACAUCCUCCGACAAGCUGAAGGAAUACUUUGGCAUGUUCGGCACUGUCACCGAUGUGCUCAUCAUGAAGGAUCCCGUCACCCAGCGCAGUCGCGGCUUUGGGUUUAUCACAUUCCAGGAACCCUGCACCGUGCAGAAGGUUCUCAAGGUGCCCAUCCACACCCUCGACGGCAAGAAGAUAGAUCCAAAGCAUGCCACCCCAAAGAACCGACCUCGCCAGGCCAACAAGACCAAGAAGAUCUUUGUCGGCGGCGUUUCCCAGGACACCUCCGCCGAGGAGGUUAAGGCCUACUUCAGCCAGUUCGGCCCCGUCGAGGAGACCGUGAUGCUGAUGGACCAGCAGACGAAGCGCCAUCGCGGCUUCGGCUUCGUCACUUUCGAGAACGAGGACGUGGUGGACCGCGUCUGCGAGAUCCACUUCCACACUAUCAAAAACAAGAAGGUCGAGUGCAAGAAGGCCCAGCCCAAGGAGGCUGUCACUCCGGCCGCGCAGCUCCUGCAGAAGCGUAUCAUGCUGGGCACUCUGGGCGUGCAGCUGCCUACCGCUCCCGGCCAACUGAUAGGCGCUCGGGGCACUGGCGUCGCCACCAUGAAUCCAUUGGCCAUGUUGCAGACUCCCACACAGCUGUUGCAGUCGCCGGCAGCCGCCGCCGCCGCCCAGCAGGCCGCUCUCAUAUCACAGAAUCCGUUUCAAGUACAAAACGCAGCCGCUGCCGCCACGAUGGCAGCCAAUCAGACGGGCUUUGGAAAGCUGCUGACAACAUAUCCGCAGACAGCCCUGCAUAGUGUCAGGUAUGCUCCUUAUUCGAUCCCCGCCACCGCCGCCACUGCCAAUGCUGCCCUGAUGCAGGCUCAUCAGGCGCAGAGCGUGGCCGCCGCUGCCCACCAACAGCAGCAGCACCAUCACCAGCAGACUCACGCCGUGGCGGCCGGCCAGCCCCACCAGCAGCCGCAGAGCCACCACUCAGCCGUUGCCUCGAAUCCCGCUUCGCAGGCCCAUUCAGCAGCCGCGGCCGCUGCCCUGGCGGCCAAUGCAGCCAAUGGAGCCGGAGCUGCCGGUGCUCACAGCCUGGCCGCUGCUGCUCAACAGGCGGCCCUCGUGGCCGGAAAUCCGUUGAACGCUGCUGCUGCCGCCGCCGCCGCUGCUGCCAAUCCCGCGGCCUACUCCAACUAUGCCCUGGCCAACGUGGACAUGUCCAGCUUCCAGGGCGUCGACUGGAGCACCAUGUACGGCAUGGGCAUGUACGUCUAAGGCGGGGGUGGUUCCGUUUGGUAAUUUGAAUGAAACACUCAACUCACAACUCUCACACACAACACCAACACCCACAAACCCAAGCCAAGGGUAGGUGAUCACCACCUCCCUUAGCUGUAGACUCAUGGCCCCAAUUGAACACCCCCCACACACCCACUCAGAAACGCUCAUCCGAAGUUGGUUUUCCUUUGAGUUCGACUUGGUUAGUAGUCCGACACACGGAAGGCAAAUUAAGUAUUAUAUUUAAGACGCUCGCAGGGCGUGAUCAAGAACACUAAUAUAUAUAUAUAUAAAUAUAAAACAAAUCAUAAGCAAUAUAAGCAACAAAACAAUUUAAAGGAAGGCGAGAAGAGAAACAAAAUUCAAACCAAAAAGAAUAAAUUACGAAGCGAUAUAGAAGCAAAAAGGAAAACAUUAAAAAACCACCGAUUGUGAUUGCGUUUAAAUGUAGCCGUUAAUAUAUAUAAUUUUUAGUGCAUAAAAAACAACAACAUUAAACGUAAAAAACAUAAAUUAUAAUACUAAAAAAUAAAAUUAUAAAAAAAAUUAUUACAUCUAAAUAUUGAAAGAAAAUCAAAGAGAGCAAAGCAAAGAAUCUGUCAGCAGUCUCGACUAACCCAAAAUAAUAUAUAAAUUGAAGAAAUCCAGCAAUGCAGUAUUAAGCAAUUGAAUCAAACUGCAAGAGAAAACAUUUUGCUCAAUCAAAGAGUUGAUUAAAUACUAUUAUCACACACAAGUUAAUCAAAAACGAUGAUAACUGAUCGAAACUAUAAUUUUAGAGGUUUAGUUGAGUUCGAAUUUAAUUCACCCCAGCAUAGGCUAUACACCCAGCAGCGGAGAAACUCAUUUAUCAACAAGCUAACAAACAUCACCAAACCUACACUUGCACACACAACUUUCCCUACUUUCUCACUUCUAUCACACUCUGUUUAAUCCAAUACUCUAUUCUUUGUACUUAAUAAUAUAAAAUAUACAAAAGCAACGAACAACUCACUCUUUCGUUUGUGUUUUGUGUGUGUUGACCAUCUGAUUUUGAUUUAGUUUAGUGUUAGCCUACUCUCCACCCAAUCUCAACCAUUUAUGUAGCUAGUAACACUUGUUUAUCAUUUUGCAUUUGCAUAUUAUUCAAAUGAUUCAAAGGAUAGAAAGUAAUUUAGUUUAACGGCUUCCUCUCGAUAAGUAAGAAUGCUCCCGGCCGACGAGUUUCCAGGUCGAUACUAAUCCCAUGAAACUUACUAUAGUAUACUUUUAUCAAUUUUUGUUUCAUUUCCAUAACCAUCCAACCAACCACUCAUGAACCAGGUAACAUUUCUUUACUGUAGUUUAUUGUUUUAAAUGGCACAAUCUUAGUUUUUAAUAUUAUUUUGUAAUUUAUAGUUGUAGUUUUUGCAUUUGAGUUUGCAUUCGAAAAAUACUUCAUCCUUGGAAUAAACAACCAAUCGAAUUAUGGAGUCCAGAGCAUUAGCUUCUGGAUAAUUACUUUUCUUCAUUUUAUUCGCUUGCAUGAUUUAAAGUCUAAUUUUAGUUUUUAAUUAUGAUUUUGAAAGUAACUUUUGCGUAUGUACAUAUAUAGUUUGUAUAAUUUACUCUCUUGUACACACUUAUGGAAAAACAUUGAAACAUUUGAAGUAAUUUGUAUGUUUAAUAAAAAUCAGCGA